AUGGCACUCUCAUGGGUCGCAUACACCUGCAUCGCGAUCCUUUUAGCCUCCGUCUACAUCCGCAAGCGCCUAAGCAACCACACAUCCCAAUUGGAACGUGAUGCGCAAGCCGAGAAACCUGGUCGCCCACGCAUCAAUGAUGGGCUGACUGCAUCUGCGCGCCAACUUCGCGGCAGACUCGUCGCUACCAUUCCGCAUAUCACCAUCACACCCGAUAAAGCCCUUGAAUUCGAGAAGUCGCUUAAUGCGUACUGGGACCAGAAAGCGCGUGAGGUCCAACCCUCGUGUGUGGUGCGGCCACGUAAUGUAUGGGAGUUGGCACAGGCCGUUAAGAUACUCCGGCAAGAAUUCGACCGACGGGUUCAGCGAAGUGGGGACUCGAAAGACGAUCUAGAACCCGUUUUUGCGGUGCGAGGGGGAGGUCAUAGUCCUGUUGGUGGUGCAUCGAGCAUUCAAGGUGGGGUACUUAUUGAUCUUAGUCUAUUUGACAAGGUUGUCCUGGCGGAAGAUAAAAAGAGUGUGGGUAUUGGUGCCGGAUGCCGAUGGAUCGAUGUUUAUGCAGCGCUAGAAAGAGAUGGGCUUGCGGUUGUGGGAGGGAGAAAUUCCGCUGUGGGUGUAGCGGGAUUGACGCUUGGAGGGGGGCUAUCGUUUUUCUCGCCUCGGUAUGGGUUUGUGUGCAGCAAUGUUGUUGAGUAUGAAGUUAUUCUCGCGGAUGGAUCGGUUGUCACGGCGGAUCAGCACAAUAAUUCGGAUCUUUGGCGUGCACUGAAAGGUGGAGGAAACAACUUCGGUAUCGUUACGCGAUUCGCUGUUCGUACAUUUCCGUGUACGAAUGUCUGGAGCGGAUUCGUCUACUACUCUUCUUGGAAACACCCAGAAAUCCUUUCUGCAUUCCAUUCCUUUGUCGCGCGCACCACAUCCGGCGAAGCAAACCGCAGCUUCGAUCCGCACGCCACUGGCCCACUGGUUUGCUUUACCUAUCUCCAGUCCUACGGCAUCCAAGGCAUCGCCGUGAACCUCGUACAUACAUCACCAGAUCCCAAGGUAAAAGGCUGGCCAAGCACUUGGCUCAGUUCCGGAUUCAAAAGCACAUUUCGGUUCUGGAGCACGUGUAAAGUGCGGACGUUGAGUGAAGCGACGGAUGAAUUGAAUGCAUUAAAUCCACCGCAGCGGCGUCAAGAAAUCGCUACUACGACGAUUCAAAACGACCUGGAAACAUUGACGGUGACACGUGCGGCGUAUGUCAAUGCUAUCCAGAAAAUCCGUCAACAUAACAUCAAGGGCAUGACUUGGACACUCGUGCUUCAGCCACUACUUCCUACCUGGACAUGCAAGGGCGACGCUAACCUCAUGGGGCUUGACGAUAAGGACAGAGAGGCCUUAGUCAUUGUAAGUUUUACAGUAAACUGGGCAUUGAGGAAAGACGAUGAGGUUGUGCAAAACAUCACAAGAGCAGCGAUUGAGCAGAUAGAUGCGUAUGCCCUGGAAAGGGGGACACAGCAUAAAUACCGGUACAUGAACUACUGUGCAAAAUGGCAGAACCCAUUCGACGGGUACGGAGACGAAAACCUGGAAUCUCUUCACCGCGUUAGAAGAGAAGUUGAUCCAGAGGGCCUAUUCCAACGUGGAUGUAUCGGAGGAUUUAAACUUGGCAUGUAA